AUGAUGUUUCACGGUGGACGUAAGCUAUUUCCCGUCGUCUAUUGCGACGGCGUAAGAGAAUUCGACCUGGGAAUUCUCAUGGUGGACCCUACUAUGAAUAUCAAGAGUAUUCUCUCUAUCCUCAGUCACAAGAUUGGGAUCUCGCCACACCAGUUUUCUGUUUUCUUAGCCGACAAUAACACUAACCGGAAAAUUCCUUUCACCGCUAAGCUCAACCUCGCCACCGUGUCUUGUAACGGCGGUGCUGAGUAUAUUUAUGUUAAGUGGUCUAGACGUUGUAAGAAGUCUGCGGUGCAGAAAAAGAAUCUAUCCGAGAAACUCAUGCAUCUCCGUCGAAAAGAUGUUGUUGACGGAAAUUCACGGCGUGCGUAUGCGAUGGCACCUUCGCUUUUUGAAAGAGGUGAAAUGGAGAGAAGGAUGUGGAAUUUAUGCAAGGAAAGAGAUGCGGCGCUCUUGAAGAGUACGGACACGAUUGAGUAUUUGAGAAGGGGAGCGCAGAUUGGAAACGGCGGCGGAAAUGCUGUGUGUAAAGAGUGUUUGAUGGCGGAAAUGGCUGCCAAUUUUCAUCUGUGCGUUCGCGAUGAGGUGGUUGUAGGGUUUAGGACUACGGCAGGACCGAUUUCACGACCGGCAAGGAGGUCCGGUAAGGUUAGUCCUAGCGAGAAUGGUUACUGA